AUGACUGAUGGUGUUAGCCUUUAUUUCUAUGUUUUUAUUGUGUGCGCAAUUUUUUCUGCACUAUUAUUUUGUACACGUUGCUGUAAUGUGCUGCCUGUUCGUGCCAAGCGAUGCAUUACGAAUCCCGACAUGCCAGUCGAGCAGGAUAUCCUCGGAAAAUGGACUUUUGUCUCUUCGGACAAUUUUGAAGCGUACUUGAAAGAGGCUGGCGUUGGUAUGAUGACGAGAAAAAUUGCGGCCAAUUUGAAGCCGACGUUGGAGUUCGUGAAAGAGGGCGACACGAUCACGAUGACCUCAGUGUCCACAUUUAAGACGUAUGUGACAAAAUUCAAGAUUGGUGUGACGUUCGACGAGAAAACUGGCGAUGGACGUGAUGUCAGCCAAACGUACACCGUUGAAAACGAUCGCCUCGUGCUCGAUGAAAAAGGGAAAAAUGGCGGCUCGGAUUCUCGCAUCGAACGUUACAUCCAGGAUGGAAAACUGUACAUUGUAUGCGAAUGCAAUGGGGUGAAGAGCACAAGAAUCUAUGAACGAAUGACUGAAUAA